CAAGUUGUUGAUGCGUUCAAAUUAAAAGCCGUUCCGGUCUCCGCUCAGUACCCUCUAAUGUCGGUACGACGUACUGCUCCAACUGACGCGGACGCCUUCGUGGUCAAAAGCCAACUGGCCCCAAUGGGGGUACACACCUUUCUAGAACGAACAAUUAGAAAAGGCCGCAGUGCGUUCUUCUGCUGCUCGGCGAGCGCCCAAGCGAUGCGCUUCACGUGCCCGCCCUCGUCUAGUGCGAACCUCAUCCAACAAACAACCUUCCAGCUGGAGGCGCAUCCUCCAAACGCGAUCGCAGCGUGGUACCAAAAACAAAAAGUAGCCAAGCUGUGAAUUUGGCUCCUCUCUGAGGAAUGAACAGAGUGAAAAGAGAGCGCAACUUGCCGUGGAAAGCACUUCAUUUGCGAGAGGACACAAGCCCGAC